GAGUCUUUCAACAAAUUUUGAUUUAUGGGAAAAGUGAGAUGUUUAAUAUGGGCACCAUAGUUCUUAGGAUGACUUUUUGGAUUAUAUUAAAUCUUCUGUUUAGUUUGGUAAAGAUGGAGAAGCCAAAUAAUGAAGUAAAAGCAAACUAUUCAAAAUAAUUCUACGAAAGCACUUUUGAAGGACUGAGAAAAGUCUCUACUGUUUCAUUGAAAUAGAUGGAAGAAAUUUAAGUUAUUUCUGAGCAGUUGUGUACUCUGUCUGAGAUUAUAACAUCGCAUCAGGAGUGGGGGGGGGGUAACUUUUGUGGUACAGUGGUAUCAUCUUGGUCAAAAGGUCUGGGUUCAAUCCAGCUACCUCAGACAUAUCAAAGUGUCUGUACAAGAGAAGGUUGUCAUUCAGCUUAUUUUGUCCGUCUUUGUUCAUCUCAUUUCAUUGCUCUUUAUGAUCAUACGAUCUUUAUUUUUAUUCGAAUGCUGAUCCAACUUCCUUUUGCACAUUGCUGCUUCUACCAUCCUUCCUCAAUGUGUACUCUAAUUUUAAUUUUCAUAGUAGUUCUUUGACCUUCUCAUUCUUUUCUCACUUUUUAUAAGUCUGUUUCUUCUGGUUACUGACCCUUUUACCAGUGGAAAUCUUUUCUCCCCCAAUAAUUAUUUUAAUUUUAAAGACCCGUUCAAGUCUGUUUAUCUGUCUGUUCUCUAAGGACAAUAAUCCCUGUUUCUCUACGUAAUUGUAUUUCUGUAUCUUGGGUGCCAUUCCAGCAAAUCUCUUCACACUCUUCAAAGCUCUUGUGCUCCUCUUAAAGUGGUGCCCAAAAUUGAUCUCCGCACUCCAGUAAACUUUCUUAAAAAGAAAGAUGAAAUUGAAAAAGAGGUGACGGGACAGAAAGAAAAAGUGAAAACAAACUUUUACCUAAUUUUGGAGUUUUUAAGAAAAUCUCACGGAAUGAGACUCCACAUCUUCUUUUAAAAACAAUUGCACAUGAAUGGAAAAUGUUAUCUAUACUGGGUAAGUACCACAACUUUUUGAAUGAUGAAUCCCUUGGCCAGAUACCAUUGUAUCAUUGUAGAAAAGCCAGGAAAAGCAGACUUGCUAACAGUCUAGAAAAAAGGUAGCCCAGUUACCUACGUUGUUAUUAAGCAACUUGCACAUGUGGAUAUGGAAGUGGCUGUCUGCGUUACUCCUUUUUAUGCUGGUGAGUGCUAAGCCUCACUAUUAUUCGAAUUGCAAAAUAUAGACAGCAUUUUUUUGGUGUUGAGGAAUGUGCAAAGGACCCUAAAAAGUUUGAUAAACAGUGGAGGAUGAAACAAACUUUCUAGUAUCAAAUCUGAAUGUUUUCAAAUUUUGCCAGUUUUGUGCAGAUGUUGUUGAUGUACUAUUGGAAUUUAAUGCACAAUUAUUAUUCAUGUGUCUUGUAUUAAAGAAUUAGCAAUAUAAAUUGCUGGAAACAUGUGCAAUAAAAUGUACAGUGCAAUAGCAGAAUGUCAUAAUGUUUGUAUACACUCCAUAACUAUGAACUGGAGAUGUAUGGUAGGGGAAUGAUUUAUUGCCAACCAUAUAGCCAUUUUGAAAAAAGAAAUAAUCUUAUACAGCGAUGUUCUCAGAGCCGAGAUUGGCUACAGUUUGAAAAUUUUGAACUAACGUUCCAAAGUACUGAUAGCAAUAUAUUUUAAGGAAACAAAUGUAAAUAGUGAUUAGGGAGAAAUUCUGAAAUUUGGUGUGUAAAUUACAAUUUAAUGCAUGGUUCUAUCCUUUAACUAUAAGGGUGUGACUAUAACUAUGUAGAAAACUAUAAAAUAGAGCUAUGAUAUGUUCGCUAGAUUUGAUGGUAGUAUUGGAUCAUUUAGCCUUUUGAAUGCAAUUACUCCAGCACUUCUGUUAAAGGUGCAUUGCUGUCAAUGGUACUUACAGUGCAGCUGUAAGCUUAGGAUACCUGCACCAUUCAUGUGCUUCACGUGAACCUCAAGUGCAAAUCUUUUGGAAAACCCGUGGUUUCUCCUUUCUGCAUACUUUUCAAACGUCUGGCAUCAAACUAUCUUUUUGAAUGGUUUGACUUUUUUUUUCCUAUGCAUUGAAUAUGGACUGCUUCACAUGAUUGCUCCAUGCAUGUCAAUCUCUACAACUUUCCACUAAAUCCACAUGGAGUGUAACUCUAGGCCUUACUAGACCUGUCAGCAACAGCUAAGAAAUUCAACACCAACAAAUUAAGCUGUGACGGUCUUGAGGAAUGCUACUAAAAAGAGCAUGAGAAAUAGUCAGAAGUGAAGUAAACAAGAUAAAUAGUAUUUGGCAUCCCAGUACCUGACAACUGGAAUCCUACAGUUUCAACCAAGGCAGCAAACCAAAGGACAAAUAUUUAUCACUCCAUACAGUUUUUUUUUCCCUACUUCAUUAGCAAUCUUAACGUGCCUGGUCAUUGGAUAUCUUAUUCUGUUAAUUGAAUCUCAAACAUUUUAUAAAAAUGUUUGGCUUUAUGGAACCAGCUGAUCUAGCUGUUGUAGCACUUUAUUUUGUCCUUGUAUUGUGCAUUGGUUUUUUUGCAAUGUGGAAGUCCAACAGAAGUACUGUGAGUGGAUACUUUCUUGCAGGACGCACCAUGACCUGGAUAGCAAUAGGUGCUUCGUUGUUUGUGAGCAAUAUUGGCAGUGAACACUUUAUUGGGUUAGCAGGAUCUGGAGCUGCCAGUGGAUUUGCAGUAGGAGCUUGGGAGUUCAAUGCAGUGUUGCUUUUACAGUUACUAGGUUGGGUUUUCAUCCCUGUCUACAUCAGGUCUGGUGUGUUCACCAUGCCACAAUACCUUUCAAAACGUUACGGUGGUAACAGAAUAAAAGUCUAUUUUGCUUUAUUGUUUUUGACAUUGUAUGUUUUCACAAAGCUUUCUGUUGACCUGUACGCUGGUGCAUUGUUUAUCCGGGCCUCACUCGGCUGGGACCUAUAUCUCUCUAUCAUCAUCUUGAUUGGGUUGACUGCAGUGUUAACUGUUACAGGCGGACUUGUGGCCGUCAUCUACACAGAUGCCCUACAAGCAAUUCUUAUGAUUGGUGGAGCUUUAACAUUGAUGGUUGUUGGAAUGGUCAAGGUGGGAGGCUUUGAGGAAUUGAAACAGAGAUACAUGUUGGCCUCACCAAAUGUUACAACGGUUCUAGCCUCCUUCAACCUAAGUUCUACAAACACUUGCCGCAUUCACCCAAAAGAUGAUGCUCUCAAGAUGUUACGUGAGCCGACUGAUGAGGAUAUUCCUUGGCCUGGCUUCCUGUUUGGUCAAACGCCAGUCUCGGCUUGGUAUUGGUGUGCUGAUCAAGUCAUUGUGCAGCGUGUCUUGGCAGCAAAGAACAUAGCUCAUGCCAAAGGAGCUACCCUAAUGGCUGGUUUUCUGAAACUCUUGCCCAUGUUUAUCAUAGUCGUACCUGGUAUGAUUUCCAGAGUUCUCUUUACUGAUGAGAUUAUUUGCAUUAAUCCAGAGCAUUGUAUGCAAGUAUGUGGUAGCAGAGCAGGUUGCUCAAACAUUGCCUAUCCACGACUAGUAUUGGGAAUCUUGCCCGCAGGCCUUCGUGGCCUAAUGAUGUCAGUCAUGAUAGCAGCAUUAAUGAGUGAUUUGGAUUCUAUAUUCAAUAGUGCCAGCACCAUAUUUACCCUGGAUAUUUACAAACAUCUUCGAAAGGCUGCCAGCUCUCGUGAACUGAUGAUAGUAGGUCGUCUGUUUGUUGUCUUCAUGGUAGCUGUAAGCAUUGCCUGGGUUCCUGUAAUUGUAGAGAUGCAGGGAGGCCAAAUGUAUCUUUACAUUCAAGAGGUUGCAAACUAUCUCACUCCACCAGUUGCAGCCCUCUUCCUCCUUGGUAUUUUCUGGAAGCGCUGCAAUGAGAAGGGCGCUUUCUAUGGAGGGUUGGUUGGAUCCAUUUUGGGAAUUAUACGCUUGAUUCUUGCUUUUAUUUAUCAAGCACCAGACUGUGACCAAGUUGAUACCAGACCAAGUUUUAUCAGAAAUAUUCACUACAUGUACGUGUCAACUUUUCUGUUUUGGACCACUGUCAUUACAGCCAUUGUAGUAAGUCUGCUGACCCCUGCUCUUCCCAGGACAUUUACUUCUAGUACCAUGUUCUGGGCAUUAAAAGACUUGGACACUAUAAAAAGCUCUCAAAAAGAAGAAUGUGAUAAAUUAACAGAUCAAACUAUAACUGAAUGCAAUGGCCAUACCACAAGUGCUCAUAAAAAGGACACCGAUGGAAUCGAAUUAGUUCUUUUAACACCCGAAAGCGAUGAUUCCAAAUCUUUGAAUUCGCCGGUCAUCUCAGAGGGACAAACAGUGAAUGAUCAUUACACAAAUGGACAAACGGUUGUUGUGGACCCAGAAACCAAAGAGGAACCAGAACUGGAAAGAAACAAAUUGUGGAAAUUUUUUGACUGCCUUUGUGGACUAAAAAAUUAUGAUGUGAAGAAUCCAGUUGCAAGAGUUUCUGUAGAAGAUGAAAUGAUUUGCAUACAAAUGCUACAAGAAAGUCAGAAGAUUAAAGUAUUGUUAAAUAUUGGACUUCUAUUUGUAUUAUCUUGUGGCAUAUCCAUGUACCUUUAUUUCUCUUUGUAAAAUCAGCCUGAAAAUUUAAGUAAUUUUUUUUGUUUUUGAAGUAUUUUCUUUUAAAUUUCCUUUUUUUGGCACAGGUAGAUAACUUAUUUAUAAAGUUAUGGUAAAAAUGGUGAGGGAGGGAGGUUAGCUAAAAGUCCAUUUCACUCUGCCCAGUCUGAUCUCGUGAUGCAGAACAUAUAUGAUAAAAUUAGCCAAAGUGCCUUAUAUUAAGGUGGGGCAAACUACAUUGUAGUUCUGGCUCUGGUGUUUAGCAGCUGCUGUUGGGAAUGUGUAUGUGAGUUUCUGAAGAGGACCAAGAUUAAAUUCAGUUAUGAAGUCACUUUAUGGUUCAAUAUAUCUCCGUCCACAAUUGAGGCUCACUGGUAUCUUAUGGGUAAUCAGAGUGUCUCCUGACCAGUAAACUAUGCUAAGUGUGUGAAUCCGUGGCUGAAAAAUAAAUAUUGUAACCUUUGGAAUUAAGUACGUGGUCAACUUAAUUUUGGGGUUUACAAUUUGUCACUAAAUAUUUUUAUGUAGUAGAUGACUUUGUUUCUUUUCUGGCAAUUAUUCUGUGAACAAUAAGCUACAAUUGAUUUUAUUAAAAAAAAUUCUAUGAAAUAUUUAUUUUAAAGUUAUUUUUCUGCCCAAAUACAUCAUCAAAUGUGUAAAUGGGAGAAGGGAAAUUUUAAUCUGUUGAUCAUAAAAUGCUUAUAAAUGUCUGAGCACUUAAAUAUUUUUGCCCCAAAAGUAGUUGAAUGGACUGAAUUAAUUACUACACUUAAUAUUUUAUAAGAAGUAAGAGCACUUCAAUUUUGCACUCCUAACUAUUUUCCCUCAUAAUUAUUGCCAUCCUCAAUUCACCUAUUCCCACACUUGCUGCCCAGUAGUCUUUGGAUGAUGGUGACCUCCUUCCAGAUCUCUUUCACAGAGUUAGCAGGCAAAAGGUGUGCAGCAGUGGUCUUGGAAUAGGUUUUUUUUUCUUCACAUCUCUAAUCCACCCUGUGGGAGUUGAGUUGUGUUGAACAUCUUGCACAAUAGGAUCAGGAAUUUCCUGGAAUGGGCAGGGAGGUUGAGCCAAUUACUUUGUAUUUAGCGGAUGGAUACCUGUUUUUCCAGUAUAUAAUUGUGCUGUACAUGUUUGUAUAUGUUAAAUCAAUUUGUUAUAAUUUCUGCACUCCAAGAAAUUCAUUGAGAUAUCAUUGAGCAUGUAGGCCAACACAAGGAUCAUAGUCUUAACAUUUUAAAUUAUGAAAAGUUUUGCUAAUGUGUAAUAGUUAUGAUCAGCCUGUUAACCCUCGUAAAGUUAGUCCUGUUUUGGCCUAAAUCAAAUAAAUAUUGUUUCUUUAUUAGGUAAGUGUCUGCUUUUGGUUGUAUUCAGUGAUAACUAUAUGCAUUGCGGCAAUUAAAUUCUUUUAGCUUAUGUGGAGCAAGUAGGGUUGGUGUGAUAAUUAAACUGUUAUGUUAACAUAAUUGGCUCUUAACCCCUUCCCCAGCCCCAUUCUAUAUUUGUACUCAUGAAAUUUUAAAAAUUUGUAAAGCAUAAUGAUUGGAUGGAGGGGAAUCAGACACGUACAUGUUCCCAAGUUAAUUUUAGGUGUCAGUAUUCUCUGUACUAACCCUGAACUAAUAAGAUGCCUAAGUUUUUUUUUGAAAAAUGUUAGCUGCUUCUUUACCAUUCCAAUAUCCUUGUAGAGCUGUUUUUCUCCCACCACACUUGCUUUUUGGUUUGUGUGUGUGCUUAUUUUCUCCUCAGUCAUUUUGCUUUUAAAAUUACAAUUUUAUUCUAAAGUUUGAUUUUUGUAUUCUUUUGAAUGAGCUGUUUAUAUUGCAUCAAAACACAAGUGCAGGUAUUUGUAAGAAAUUCUUUAAAUAAAACAGUCAUGAGGAGUGAACAAUAAUUUGUAUGUAGACAAACUGAUUUUAUGUCUGUAUGAAAAAAAUUUGUGCCAAGCUCUCUUUCAUGUAGCAUGACAUUCCUCCAUUGAUGUGAGUUAGUGUCUAGUUUCCUAAUUACAUAUUCAAAUCCAAACUACCCGCACUCUCAGUUGGGAAAGGAACCCACUGCAAGUGAUCAUCUUGAUCUACUUCGCUUUUCUUUACGUGCUGUUGACCAAUUGCAAAAGUUUAAACAUAUAAAUGGAAACAAAAAAGUGCUCACCCAAGAACUAACUUUUAACUCAGUUGCAGAAUGGUUUAACAUUUCAAGACAGAUGCUCUUAAUUCCAAGUUUUAACUUGGGAAAUGCUUAAUAAAUGCAGAGACAAAGUCUACAAAUGAAGUAUUUUUCCUUGAGCAUUGUAUGUAAAUUGUUUUUUUUUUAUAUGUGGCCUAUGUAAUUUUUCGGAGAGGAAUGCACAGCUCUGGAACUUUAUGUAUAGAGCCUGAUAUGAUUUUGUGACGCAUGAACAUCUUGUACAUUUUUACUGUACCUGUAAUACUACAUUUUCAAAGUGAAGAAUCAGUUUAUUUAAACAA